UAAACGUUUAAGAAAUCUAUAUCAGUAUAUAGGCAAUAGCCACACACUCGAUAUCAAGUAGGUCUACGAUAAAAUUGUUACGCAAGGAACGAAAGUAAACGUGACUGACAUAAAAUUGACCUUUAAGGCUUGUCGCCAUUUGUUCAUCUGGUUGUAAAUGUGAAUCACGUUCAGUUACGUCUCAUACUUGUAUGUGUAUAGCUGACAGGUAAAUUCAUUCACAAAAGAACGCUUAUAGUGUGAGGGAAAACACGUUUUCUUCAGUGCAGUUGUGGAGUGCAAACGAGUGAGCUGAAUAUUGGAAAAUUGUGUUAAAUACUGUGUUUGAUAAAUAAUGAAAAUUGCUGUUUUGGGGGCCACAGGUCCUUCUGGAAUUCAGCUUGUCAAGGAAGCAUUACAAAGGGGCCAUGACGUAACAGCAAUAGUGCGUAAUCCGGAUAAACUUACAGAUAGACAUGAAAAGCUUAAGGUUGUGAAGGCAAACAUUUUUGACCCCGAUUCUCUGGUACCACACCUGACAGGUCAAGAUGCAGUGUUAUCAUGUCUGGGCUGUCCUCCAAGCUGGUUCAGUCUGUGGACUGUAACUUUCUACACAGAUUCAGCGAAAUCUAUUGUCACCGCUCUUAGAAGAGCAGAUGUUAAAAGAUUCAUUUUCAUGUCUGCGUGGUACACAAAAUAUAACAGCAGCGAUCCAUUUAUGAUCAACUGGGUUCUCAAGCCUUUAUUUCUGGGUCAGUCCUUGAAAAAUAUGGGGGAAAUGGAAGAUUAUCUAGAGACUGAGUGUCCAGAUAUAGAAUAUACGUCCGUGCGUCCGCCUCAACUAACAAAUGCUGAAACCACAGGUGCGUCUGUUUUGCAUCACGAGGGACAACGUGUACCAUCAGACAAACGUGUCGUCUGCUGUCGACGUGAUGUAGCCAGGUUCAUGCUGGAUACAGCUGAAAGCGGGAAUUUUAAAAGGAAAUGUAUGGCCAUAGGUUCUGGGUGACACAAGGUUCAACGAGGAAAAUGUGGAAAUGAAAGACAAAAUUAUUUAACGUGAAAAGAGUGAUAAAGACGGUCGUAUGUUCAAGAAGACCAACAAAAAGGAUACAGAACUGGAUAUGAGCUCGACUUUGACGUUGAUGAUAGCCUUUGAACUUUGAGCUUGAGAUUUCAAGACAUGUAAAUGUAGAGGCGUGGUAAUAUGCGUCUAAAACAGUACAUGACUGAACUUUCACAAGUGUGCGGCUUUAUUAUGAUAUGAGUUUUAAAUCAGGUAUACACAUACUCGAUUAAUAUGAAAUAUCAACCUUUCUCAUUAUAAAACUGUGAAUGAUAUUAUCAAUUUAAUCUUGUUUUUGAAAUAUAUUUUGUUAAUUGA